AUGGACACUACCACGACGAUCAUCAGCUGGCAGCAUGCUUUCGAAAACCAUCGCAUCCCACAAACCAGGGUGAUUGAAAAGCAGCUGCGGGCAAGUGCUGCACAAAACAAAGACAAGCUCCGGGCUCUCGUUGGUGGGAGCUAUCGUGAGCUUUUGGCGACUGCCGAAGCCAUUGUCGUCUUAGAUGCACAGACCAGAACUGCGGAGGACAACCUCCUGUCAAUCAGUCACAAUUGCAGACCACCCCAACAAGAUGCCUCUCCCCGGCCUCUGCCAGCCGACAAAGUGGCGCUGGCCCAGUUUCGCCUCCUGCAACGCUGCUGCACGACUGCAGCUUCAUCUCUCCGUGACCAGCACAUCUUGCGGUGUGCUCAACUGAUAGUCGUUUCGAGGUUAUUGUUGAAGUCACUGGGCGACCAGGACACGCUGAUCAGGAGCCUCGAUUCCCUGCGGAACAAGCUUGGUGCGCUUCGGCGGCAACUGCUUCUACGAACAGAAGCUAGCCUGACCAACCCUAUGUCAACGUUGUCGGAUCUUCUCGAGUCAAUAUGUGCCUACUGUUUGGUCACAAGCAGUUCUUCGGAGGAUGCCCUGGCGCAGAUGCGCCAGCUCAGGCUUGAGAAAAUCCGGCGUCAGCUGACCGCCUCUCGCCAACAAUCCACCAUCUGUCAAGCCUUACGGUAUCAAAUCUUAUCCUUGCAGACUUUCAAGUCAUUGAUAGGACGCCCCAUGAUCGAGUCUAUCAAUCACCUGCAGAAGCGACCGAUCUUGGAGGAUCCGUCUAUUAGGGACCUGGAGUCCCUGGGCCUUGAUCAGACUUUUUCGUUGAUUCCAGAUGAGAUACGGUCAUUUGUUCCAUACUUCAAGAGGAGUGCGGCCACAUCUGAGGAGACGCAAGCUAAACUGGAGACAUGGUCUCAAGAGAGCUUACGAGCAUUUUCUGAUGCACUGGGCCAAUAUCUUCCCACAAUAGACCAGAUAGCGGAGGUGCUGGAGUUGCGGCAAGAGCUUUACGCCAUUCUGCUCCCUUUCUACUUUUCGUUGCCAGCAGGGUCGGACAUCAAAGAUCAGAUCGCCCAAGCUGUGAACAAGAGAGUGCACGACAUUUGCCACAAUCAAAGUGCUCGUCUGGUUCACAUCACGACGUUGCUCCUCGACAAACUUGCCGUUAGCAGGACCACCAAAUCGCUUUGGGACGCAGAGCUUGCACUAACCAAUCUGGACGCUGGGGGAGCGAAGCUCAUCACCCGUAUCAGAAAACGCCAUGAAGGCAAUAAUGUGGCAUUGUCGAAAGCUUCAAAGUCAUUGAAUACGUGGAUCGCGACCACGAAUAGUGCAUUCGACCAGUUCAAGGAGAUCGCGAAGAUAAGAUGGAGAGAUAUCAUCGAAGAACCCGAGGAAGAGAACGAAGACGAAGCUUCUGAUCUGAUCAGAGAUCUGUGCGAAGCGGACUUAAGUUUGUACUGCAACAAUCUACAAGCCGCGUUGCAGAGGGCAUUGCUAGAAUACGAGGCAAGUAUCACGGAAAAAGCAACUCAAGUGGCGGGAGAAACAAAGACUGUUUCCCAUAUCGUGGCGUUGCUGCGCUCUAUUAGGGUUUCUAUGACCUCCUUGCAGCAUGCAUUUCCGGAGCAAGCAAGAUUUGCGAAGCUCCCUGCGCUUGUUCGCAAGCUACAUCUUCUCGUGGCUAAAGAGGUCAGUCUCCAUCUGUCCACGUCAAGAGAAGGCAGGAAGAAGUCGAUGAAAUGGAAUAAGGACAUGCUGCCUGACAACAUGCCCUCGCCCUGUGCAUUCUCUACUUUACGACAACUAUGUAAGAUCAUGCUGGAGAUUGGUGGCACCGAUUUAUGGUCUCUUCCCGUGGUUGAGCUGGUCAAGAAAGCUGUCAGCUCUCAUAUCUUCGAAUCUGAUUUCAAGGCCUGGUACAUGGAGAACGAGUUUGACGAAGUAUAUCUCAGCAUUGCACUAGGGCGAGAUACAUCCGCUGAGCCCGUGGAGAAGGCGGUCAUUAAGUCUGCAGCCGAGUACUGGACGAGGACGAAGUCGCUGUUCGAAGACAAACCGUUGAUAUCUCCGCACUCCUCUGAUGAGGAUACCGUGUAUCCGACCAAGGUGGAACUGGAGACUCUUCCCCGCGUGGCCGAUAAGAUCCCCUGGCGUGUCUACACGGUCGCCUUUGUCGAACUAUGCGAACGGUUCUCUUACUAUGGCACGCAAAUCCUGUUUCAGAACUUCGUCCAGCGACGCCUACUCACGCCAACUGGUCGAGCGCCCAACCCGGGUGGAGACACAGACAACAACCCUGGUGCGCUGGGUCAGGGCCAGCAGAUGGCGACUGGCCUGGGCACUUUCUUCGCCUUUUGGUGCUACGUGACUCCUCUGCCGGGAGCAUGGUUGGCGGAUACCUACCUUGGAAGAUAUAAAACGAUCAUGUUGGCAAUCGGCAUCGCUGUCAUCGGCCAUGUUCUUCUCACCAUCAGUGCCUUGCCUUCUGUGCUAGCAAACACCAGCACUGCUUUCAUAUCUUUCGUGAUCGCCCUCGUCGUCUUCGGGCUCGGGACGGGCGGGUUCAAACCGAACAUUUCGCCUCUCAUUGCUGAGCAAAUUGUGUCAGAGAAACUCCGCGUUUCGAUCGACCCUAAGAGUGGAGAGCGUGUGAUUAUCGAUCCAGCCAUGACGUCGGCGAGAAUAUACAACUGGUUCUACCUUUUCAUCAACAUCGGCGCCUUGAUAGGCCAGAUCUCCAUGUCCUACGCCGCGUUGUAUGUCGGGUACUACCUCGCUUUCCUGCUGCCGACGCUGAUGUUCCUCCUCUGCCCUCUCAUACUCGUCCUGAACAAGAAGAAUUACCGCCUCGCUCCUCCACAAGGCUCGGUACUGGGCCCCACUGUCAAGACACUCCUCUAUGCCAUUCGGCCAUAUUGGUCCUGGAACCCUCUUCGCACAAUCCGCAAUGUCCGCAAGACGACUACCUUCUGGACCGCCUUGCAGCCAUCCCGUAUCCCGCCCCGUAAGCGGCCGUCCUGGAUGAUCUUCGACGACGCAUGGGUGUCGGAACUGCGUCGAGGCGUGAAAGCCUGCUCCGUUCUGCUCUGGUUUCCACUGUACUGGCUCACGUACAACCAAGUGAAUAAUAACCUAACAUCUCAAGCAGACACGAUGAGGCAUGCCGGUGUGCCUCCGGAGAUUGUCUCGAACCUGGACCCGUUGGCCCUGAUCAUUCUGAUCCCGAUCUGUGAUCUGAUCAUCUAUCCGAGCCUGACCAAACGGGGGGUGAAACUGACGCCGAUCAGGAAAAUCACGCUCGGAUUCUGGUUCGGCGCUGCCGCCAUGGUGUACGCGGCCUUUUUGCAAAAGUACAUCUACACACACAACGAGUGCGGCUACUAUCCCUCCGAGGGCCAACCCGUCGUGACGGAUGGUGGCGGCGGCGGCGACACCACCCGAGACUGUCCCCCGGCCUCCGUCUCGAUCGCCUACCAAGCCCCGAUCUACCUACUCGUGGCGAUCAGCGAGAUCCUCGCCAGCAUCACAUCGAUCGAGUACGCCUUCACCAAGGCGCCGCGCAACAUGCGCUCGAUGGUGCAGGCCUUCUCGCUGUGCAUGAGCGCCGUGGCCAACGUCAUCGGCGAGGGCUUCCUGUGGCUCGCGCGCGACCCGUACCUGGUGUGGAACUUCGGCGUCAUGGGCGCCGUGGCCUUCGUCGCCGGCGGCCUGUUCUGGUGGUUCAACAGGGGCCUGGACGCCGAGGAGGACGCCAUGAAUCAAUUGCCCCAAGGCAGGAUAGUAGGGAGCGGGACGAGCAGUGCAGCAGGACCGGAGGAUGGACACGCGCCCGGCAGGCCCGAGAGAAGCAGCGGCGGCUCCGGUCGCCGCGUGGAUACGAGCUGGAGCGAUCUUGGUGACGCUUCCAACGAGUCCCACGAGAGUCUACUUGGCGACAAGGCUGCACCGAGCGGGGAGGGGAGCUAG